GUCUUAUAAGGUUAGACCACCAGUGGGAUGAAGACCAAGCCUGCAUCAAAGCAUCAGCUACAUCAUAGCAAGAUUGGACCACCUGCAGCGUUCUCAGGUGGAAAGCAAGAGCUCAAGUAACUUGGAGACAUUUGGGACAAUGGCUGCUGUGCGUAAAACAAGGAGGAAGAGCCGACUUCUCCGAAAAAGGAAGCAGACAAUACGUAAGAGAAGGAUGCAGCUUCUCAGGAGAAGGAAGCUGGCAAUGCGAAGGAGAAAAAUGCAACUUGCCAGAAGAAGGAAGCUGGCAAUACGUAAAAAAAAAAUGCAGAAGAAACACCAGCAAAAGAGCCGAAAGUUAAUGGUGAAACGAGGGAUCCCAGGACGGAAGAUGAAGAGCCCACCCAAAAAGGCUCCCAAGCAGGCUCCCAAGCAGGCUCUGAAGCAGGAUCCCAAGAAGGUUAUGAAGCGCACCGGCGACGAGUUUGUGUCUAAAGUGCUGCGCCAACUGCACCGGGAUAAGAUUCCCAUAUCAACCAAGGCCAAGGGCAAGAUGAUUUCCUUCAUACGGAAGUUUGCCAACAACGUGGCUACCAAGGCCAGGUCUUGCAAGAAGGUCCAGCUUACUAAUACCAUUGGCACUAAGGACUUACAGAAAGUCCUGAAGCGAAUGAUUAACAAUGAGCAAGGCGCGGAAUUGGUUCAGACCAACCAAAAAUCCUCACAUCGCCACUAGAGCAAGAAGGCUGCUUAGGAUCUCCUUUGUCUGGCGCAAGUGAAAUCUACAGAGGAGACGAGAAGAACUGGCCAGCCUUUAAAAGAAACCCAUAAAACUAAAGAAAAGCUUCCACAUGAUGAAACUAAAAAAACACCGAGGAACUAUUCACUCUAAGGAGAACAACAUUUCACACAAACAUGGUGACCAACAAUUCUCUAUCUCUGAACUGCAAGGAAUCCUCACAUCAUUGGAAAACUCUGGGAGAUGAAACAUCUAAUGCUUAUGAGUAAAAUAAAAUGGGAUUCUACCCAGAUUUUUGUUUUCGGUGUGCUUUCCUUUUAAAAGAAUAACUUAAUAAACAACUAUCUAGAAGAAAAAAAGAAAUAAUAUUUGGACUACCAUUUCAAGAAUCCUGUAGUCAGCAUGUUGUGUUGGUUGCGGGAUUUAGGAAGUUGUAAUCCAAAACCUAACUUUCCUGAGCCCUGCCCCAACAUAUUUUAGUAAGCCAAUUGGUUCCUUUAAGGUUUGAACAGGAUCUGCAAGCCCUCCAACUAUCCCAAUCUAGCAGGGAGAGGUUCCAUUUAAUCCUCUGUCUGGUUUUCUCACCUUCCUUAUCUUUUCCUCUUUGUUUCCAGCUUGCUUCAGUUGCUGGAACCUGAAUCCAAAGUGCAAAAGUUAUUUGUACUCAAUUGAUUAAGUAGAGUGAAGAAGAGAGGUGACGUUCAAAUCCCAGAAAUCUUUAAGCAGCCCACAAAAGAGAAAGGGGGAGGAGUAAAAAAAAAUCUGAGGAAUAAUAAUAAUAAUUUUAUUUUUAUAUCCUGCUUCCAUCUCCCCGAAGGGACUUGAAACGGCUUACAUGGGGAACAAGCCCAAACCAAACAGAGAUUAAAAUUAAGCAUAGAUUAAAAUAUAACUCAAUAAAAUCAAACACAUUACAGAAGACAAUAACAUAAAAACAGCAUCAUCAACAACCAAUAGUCUGGAAAGCAUUGUGAACCAAGGAUAGGGCAUCUUUUUCACUCUGAGGAUCACAUUCAGUUUCAGAAAUGUUUUUGGCAAGAUGCUACUAUAAGAUCAAAACCAAGCAGAUUGUGUCUAAAUGACAUUUCACAGCCUUUCUGACCAUGACUUCCCCUGUCAUGCAUUACUUCUCUGUCUCCAAGGAAAUGAAAUGAUAUUGCACUCAUUUAUUGCUUUGGCUGUCAUACAGUGAUGGAGAUGUGGCUUUUGCUCGGAGCAAGACAUUUCAACUUCUGUGUUCAUGAGUCCAGGGGAAGUGUCAGAGAUACGGAUUAUGAGGUGUCAACAUCUGAUUGGAUGCCAGCACUGAUACCAGAACUUAUAAGACUUGGUCCACCAGCCAGACCAUCAGUGGGAUGAAGACAAAGCCGAUAUCAAAGCACCCACUACAUCAUAGCAAAAAUUAGACCACCCGCAGCGUUCUCAGGUGGAAAGCAAGACCUCAAGUAACUUGGAGAGAAUUGGGACGAUGGCUGCUGUGCGUCGAUCAAGGAGGAAGAGCCGACUUCUCAGAAAAAGGAAGCAGACAAUACGUAAGAGAAGGAUGCAGCUUCUCAGAAGAAGGAAGCAGGCAAUGCGUAGGAGAAAAAUGAAACUUGCUAGAAGAAGGAAGCUGGCACUACGUAGGAGAAAAAUGCACAAGAAACGCCAGCAAAAGAGCCGAAAGGCAAUGGUAAAGCGAGGGACCCGAGGACGGAAGAUGAGGAGCCAACCCAAAAAGUCUCCAAAGCAAAGUAUGAGGCGCAACAGUGAGGAGUUUGUGUCUAAAGUGCUGCGCCAACUGCAACGGGAAAAGGUCCCCAUAUCGACCAAGACCAAGGGCAAGAUGACUUCCUUCAUACGGAAAUUGUACAACAAACUGGCCUCCAAAGCCAGGUCUAGCAAGCAUGGCCAGGUUACCAUUGGCACCAAGGACUUACAGAAAGUCCUGAAGCAUAUGAUGCACAAUGAGCAUGGCAUGGAAUUGGUUCAGACCAUCCAAAAAGCCUCACAUCGCCACUAGAGCAAGAAGGCUGCUUUGGAUCUCCUUUAUCUGGCGCAAGUGAAAUCUACAGAGGAGACGGGAAGAACGAGCCAGCCUUGAAAAGAAACCCAUAAAACUAAAGAAAAGCUUCCACCUGAUGAGACUAAAGAACACUGAGGAACUCUUCACUUUAAGGAGAACAACAUUUCACACAAACAUGGCGACCAACAACUCUCCAUCUUUGGACUAUGAAGAGAUCUGAACUGAGAAGAAUCCUCACAUCAUUGGAAAACUCUGGGAGAUGAAACAUCUAAUGCUUAUGAAUAAAAUAAAAUGGGAUUCUACCCAGACCUUUA